CUUUUGCCAAACUUCAGCAAAACUAUAUGGGGAUGGUGUGUGAUCCAGAUCCUGAUGUAGUACGUUGGGGGCUUCACCACCUCUUCGACGUUUGCUCGUUAGCAAAAAAUCACUCGCCACCAGCUGUGACGUGCUAUGUGGAGGACAAUUCAGCAACGUAUACAUUGAAGGAGGAGUUCUGCAAUACAGCAGAAUCCGUAGUGGAGAACGAUAAGGCAAUCACUCAAGCUCUUCAGGAUGAGUUCAUAAGGCUCGAUGCUGCAAAUGAUCUGGGAUCUGUGUCUUCUCGAGAAGAACAACAUCAAAAUGAUUCGAUUCUCGCUCAGAAUUGGCCCUUCAGCUCUGCAUGUUCCUAAAAUCAACGGCGAGAUACCCUCCGUUGAUGAAGCUACAUCAGACCAUCAAAGGCUUUUGAACAGAUUGAAAUUGUAUGAUUUGGUUGAACUCAAAAUUUUGGGAGAUGGAAACUGUCAGUUCCGUUCGUUGUCUGAUCAACUAUACCGGGCCUCAGAUCAUCACAAGUUCGUGAGAGAACAAGUGGUCAAUCAGCUGAAGUUACGACGAGACUUGUACGAAAAUUUUGUCCCGAUGGCUUAUGGUGAUUACAUAAAGAAAAUGAGCAAGAACGGGGAAUGGGGCGAUCACCUCACGUUGCAGGGUGCUGCAGAUUGGUUCGGGAUCAAAUUGUUCGUCGUUACAUCAUGCAAGGAUACAUGCUACAUCGAGAUCCUUCCACAGACUGAACUGAAGUCUGAUAGAACUUUAUUCUUGAGCUUCUGGGCCGAGGUCCACUACAACUCGAUAUAUCCAUUAGGAGAACUGCCGGAGGAAGAGAGCAAGAAGAAGAGGAAGCGAAGGUGGUGGUGAUCGUUGCGUGCAGGGAUCACUCCGUGGCUUGUCGAAGCUUCCUACUCUCUAGCUGUGUAUAGCAAUAUGGUUGGCAACAUUUGAUUACAUAUUCUUUCAUUAUUCAAUUUCAUUUAGUUUGUAGAUUAGAAUUUUAGGGAGCCCUGUUUAUUUCUCUUGUAGGUUUCCAUGUGUGUACAGUAAUAAAUCUUCGCGCCGACAUGCGUGUUCGUCUCGUAUUUUAUUUCAUCAGUGCAUGUUGUGUGUACG